CGGAAGUUGAUGUCCAAAAUGGCGUCUGUAGAGUGACAGUCCUCCCGGGUCCAUGACUUCCCCUGCCUCAUUGGGCUUUGGAACCAUGGCCGACGACCGGUUAGCGGAAGCAGGCUUUUACUUUGAUGAAGUCAAUAAGCUGCGGGCUUUGGAUCCAGAGGUCAGUCAGAAGACCUCUGAGCUGAAGGAGGAGUGCAAAGAGUUUGUGGACAAAAUCGGACAUUUCCAGAAGAUAGUUGGCGGCCUUAUUGAACUGGUUGAUGAACUUGCCAAAGAGACUGAGACCGAGAAACUGAAGGCCAUCGGAGCUCGAAACCUGCUGAAGUCUGUGGCCAAGCAGAGAGAGUCUCAACAGCAGCAGCUGCGUGCGCUGAUAGCAGAGAAGAAGAUGCAACUAGAGAGAUAUCGGAUCGAGUAUGAAGCCUUGUCCAAAGUGGAGUCAGAACAGAACGAGUUCAUCGACCAGUUCAUUUUACAGAAGUGAUGAAGAAGGUCCUCUGCCACAGUGCCUCCUGAGCUUCUCUCUUCAACACCCCUCUCCUACUUCAUCAGUCGCCUUUGUUUUCACAACAUUCAUUUGACGGAGAGACGACACACACACACAUCAUAGUCGUGUCUCAGACCAACCACAGAGGGACCAUUCGGGUAUUUAUGUACUGAUGACAUUAUUUAUACAAUUUAUAUUCAGUAAUUAUUUGUGUGGUUGUAUUUUGCAUCGCUAAAUUCCUCUGCAUGCUGCAUGUUUGACAUCAGCAAUAGGUAGAUUCUGAUGUAUGAGUUUGAUGAGUUUUGACUUGAUGGACAGGACUUCAUUUGUUCUCUUCAUGUCCAAUAUCCUUGUGUCGUGUGUCCACACAGAAUACACAGGCAAUACUUGAAUAAAUAAUUUAUGUUUCACAG